AUGGCCGCGCUCUUCGCCGGCAGGGUGCUGGUGGCCAACAACGGCGCGCGGGACGAGCUGGACACGGAGCGGGAGCUGGCGCGGUGCCUGGACAACAAGGUGCUGCUGCUGUACUUCGCGGCGGCGGCGUGCCCGCGCUGCCGCGCCUUCUCGCCGCUCCUCAGGGACUUCUACGUGCGCCUCACCGACGAGUUCUACGUGGAGAGGGCCUCGCAGCUCGUGCUGGUCUACGUGUCGCGCGACGACACGGAGGAGAAGCAGAGCAGGUUCCUCAAGAGCAUGCCGAAGCGCUGGCUGUCCCUGCCUUUCGAGGACGACUUCAAGAGGGAGCUGGCGGAGCGCUUCGCCGUGGCCGCCGUGCCGGCCGUGGUGGUGCUGGCGCCCGAYGGGCGGCUCAUCGCCGCCAACGCCGUGGAGGAGAUCCGGCGCGCGGGGCCCGCCUGCUUCAAGAACUGGCAGGAGGCCGCCGCGCUCGUCGACAGGAACUUCCUGGCGGCCGAGGACUUCGACGAGGUGGCCCGGAGGAGCCUCACCGACCCCGUGCGGCGCCUCAAGUACAAGCUGGGCAAGAAGACGCGGGACGAGGAGGAGGAAGAGGGGGGCUCUGCUGCCACGGGCUCCGGAGGCCACGGCCUUCCCUAG